CUUCCCAUUCUACUAUUAUUAGUUCUUAGCGACAUCAACUACUUAAUAAUGACGUCUUAUCCUCUGCAUAUUUCAAACGUUCUGGUGGUUAAACUCCUAUAUCAAAUAUAGUAUACAGCACGAUCCAGAUGCCUCAACUACGAUCCACGUCCACAAAAACGCUCUUGGGCGGAGUUCCCCUACGCCAGAAACGGACUCGCAAGGAUGCAUCAGUGGGAGAAAGCCUAGAAGGUCAACGAUAUGAAAAGAAACAAAAGCGAAAUCUCGCAGCAUACCCACCGCAAAUGCAAGAGCAAGUCUCGAACCUAGUCAGCGACAUCCUCGCCUCAAUAUACUACGACAUCAACUACGUCUGCAUUCUCCGUGGUAGCAUUAGAUUGGAUCCCACUGCUGAAACUGUAGCUCAGUACCGGUUGCAGUUCCGUGAGAGUGGCGAUCUGCUUGACAGGGUCGUUGGAUGGUUUAUAAAUCGCGGCACAAGUGCUCACAACGGCUCAGACCCCAACUUUUAUUUUGAUCCAAGAGGAACAAUCCGACGUCUUGAAGAGUUUGUCACAAUAUUCGGCUGGAAGAUGCUCUCGAUCUGCAUGGUAGCAGAAGGAUUCCGGCGUGCCUGUCGGGAGAUCCGCCACAGCGUGAUCUGGGCAGAAUUCCUAGAGAAAGUACGAGAGAACCAAUGGAGCAUAGAAGUGUUCGCGCGGUCCCGCAAUCUGGACUGGCGUGGGCAGCUGCUGAAGUACGCCCCUUUGGAGCUCAUACCGGAACUUCAUUCAGAGCUGCGACCUGUUCGGAAGAUGUGGGAGCAGCACCCGCAUCAUGUCGUGCAAACUCUGGAUAAGAAGGUGCGGCGGCCGAUGUUUGAAGGGAUGCCCCAGGUUCAUAUUGAUGAACCGAUUUUCGAUCCAAGGAAUUGGGAGAUAGACGGGAGGGUUGAAGACCCGACGGCGCGAAUACCAAGUGAUGGGGAUUGUGAUCUCUGCGGGUCUGUUGAUAUCUGCGACUGUGUUCUUGAUUUCUCGGUUGGGAGCCUGGUUGAGCUGGUUGAUCGGCCUUUAACUGGGACUGGGGUACGGGCGUUAGCGGACUUCAAGAAGGGUGAUAUCCUGGGUCAAUUUGUCGGAGAGCUCCAUCAUCCUGAUUAUGACGGUGAUCAUAUCUACUCUCUGAUGCAUGCGUCGAAAACCGACCCGGAGUACUUUCUUGCGAUCGUCUCGCCGCGCAAAUAUGGAAACUGGACGCGGUAUAUUGCGCAUUCUUGCCGGCCGUCGACGGAAUUCAACUAUCGGACUGUCGGGAGGAGGACGGUGAUGACGGUGGAGGCAAAACGCGAUAUUGCUCCGUUUGAGGAUCUCACGAUCAACUAUGGGAGCGAUUACUGGGCGCGUCGGGAAUGCAUGUGUGGAGAGACAAACUGUGUUAGUAGGCAGCGGAGUAGUCAAUGGGACGGAGUAUAAUUCAUUAAUGAUGUUGAUCGUGAU